CAGCUGCAGCGUCAGCGUCUCCGUCACUUAUCUCUCCACGAGUACCUGAGCAUGAAGCUGCUGAAGGAAGCCGGCAUCCCCGUUCCCUAUGGCUUGGUCGCGAGAACCCCAGAGGAGGCUUACAAGGUGGCAAGAAAGAUUGGGACCAACGACCUUGUGGUGAAGGCCCAGGUUUUAGCCGGCGGGCGGGAAAAGGGGACCUUUGAAGGGGGCCUGAAGGGAGGCGUGCAGAUAGUGUGUUCUCCAGAGGAAGCCAGGGAGGUGGCUGCCCAGAUGAUCGGGAAGAAGCUGUUCACCAAGCAGACGGGGGAAAGGGGCCGGAUUUGCAACCAGGUCCUCGUCUGUGAGCGCAGGUACCUGAGGAAGGAGUACUACUUUGCCAUCACCAUGGAGAGGGCCUUCCAGGGGCCGGUGAUUAUCGCCAGUUCUCAGGGCGGUGUCCGCAUUGAAGACGUAGCUGCCGAACACCCGGAGACCAUCCUGAAGGAGCCUGUGGAUAUCGUGGAGGGUCUCCAGAAGAAGAAGGCCCGUCAGCUGGCUGAGAAAAUGGGAUUCCCUUUGCAGGUGGUCGAAGAAGCAGCUGACAACAUGAUCAAGAUCUACAACUUCUUUAUUAAGUACGAUGCCGUCAUGGUGGAGAUCAACCCCAUGGUGGAAGACUCCACGGGGAGGGUGAUGUGCAUGGAUGCGAAGAUCAUUUUCGACAGCAAUUCGGCUUUCCGUCAGCAGAAGGUCUUUGAGCUGCAGGACUGGACCCAGGUAGACGAGAAGGAGAGAGAGGCCGCCAACGCAGAGCUCAACUACAUCGCUCUGGACGGGAACAUCGGCUGCCUGGUGAACGGGGCCGGCCUGGCCAUGGCCACCAUGGACAUCAUUAAGCUCCACGGGGGCACCCCGGCCAACUUCCUCAAUGUCGGUGGGGGGGCCACGGUGGAACAAGUGACGGAGGCCUUCAAGCUGAUAACCUCCAAUGAAAACGUUCAGGCUAUCCUGGUCAAUAUCUUUGGAGGUCUCAUGAGAUGUGAUGUCAUCGCACAUGGGAUCAUUAUGUCAGCCAAAGACCUGGAGCUCAAAAUACCGAUUGUGGUCCGGUUACAAGGAACUCGAGUGGCCGAUGCCAAAAUCCUAAUUGCAGAGAGCGGCUUGAAGAUACUGGCCUGCGACGACUUGGAUAAGGCGGCAAAAAUGGCUGUCAAAAUCUCUGAAAUCAUGAGUUUAGCAAAAGAGGUGGGGAUCGAUGUUAAGUUUCAUUUGCCCCCCUAG